AUGGCUUUCGGUGCUCGAGGAGCUCCCCGCGGCGGCGGCGGCAUGCGAGGUGGUCGAGGCGGUGGUCGAGGAGGAUUCGGCGGCGGUGAUCGCGGUGGCCGAGGCGGUGCUCGGGGCGGAGGCCGUGGGGGUGCGCGAGGAGGUGCCAGAGGUGCCUUUGGCGGCCGCGGCGGCCGUGGAGGUCCUCGUGGAGGUCGCGGUGGUGGUCGUGGAGGCGGCAAGCCUGGCCAGAGGGGCGGUGCCAAGGUUAUCAUCGAGCCUCACCGUCAUCCUGGUGUUUUCGUCGUGCGCGGUGGCAAGGAAGAUGGCAUCGCUACCCGAAACCUGACGCCCGGUGAGUCGGUUUACGGCGAAAAGCGCAUCUCGGUAGACGAAACCAUUCAAAAUGAUGACGGUACCACGUCAACGACCAAGGUCGAGUAUCGGAUGUGGAAUCCCUUCCGAAGCAAGCUCUGCGCCGCCAUCGCUGGUGGCGCCGACGACAUCUACAUGAGGCCGGGCUCCCGUGUUCUCUACCUCGGCGGUGCUUCAGGCACUUCGGUCUCUCACGUUGCCGACCUGGUUGGCCCUACCGGAUACGUCUACGCCGUCGAAUUCUCCCACCGAUCUGGCCGCGACCUCAUCAACAUGGCCUCCAGGCGGACCAAUGUUGUUCCCAUUGUGGAGGAUGCCCGUCAACCCGCUCGUUACCGUAUGAUUGUUCCCAUGGUUGACGUCAUCUUUGCCGACGUUGCUCAACCUGACCAAGCACGAAUUGUCGCCAUGAAUGCCAACUGGUUCCUCAAAGUCGGAGGUGGCAUCCUUAUUUCAAUCAAGGCCAACUGCAUUGACAGCACGGCUCCUCCUGCUGAGGUGUUUGCCAAUGAAGUUCAGAAGAUGCGCGCUGAGUCCAUCAAGCCCAAGUUUCAGCUGACCCUGGAACCAUUCGAACGUGAUCAUUGUUUGGUCGCCGGAGAGUAUCAGCGCUACAAGUCGUAA